AUGGAGUUGAAGAUUCGGGCGAAGAAGUCCUUCGGGGUGUGCGCUUUGGAGCUGAUGCGCACGGACGGCACGAGGCUCCGCGCAACCGACUCCCUGGCGGAUGCCGGGCUUUGGGACGGCGACACGCUGUCUGCAGUGGUGCAGCUUCCACAGAUCAUCGCUACCGGUAAAGCCUUUGCGUUGUGUUGCUGUGGAGGGGUGGUUGCCUGGGGCAAUCCAGAAUAUGGUGGUGACUGCAGCUCUGUGAAAGACCUGAGAAAUGGGGACAGCUUUGUGC